GACGGUGGGGAAAAGCAGCAAGAUGCUGCAGCACAUUGACUACAGAAUGCGUUGCAUUCUGCAAGAUGGUCGCAUCUUCAUUGGAACCUUCAAAGCAUUUGACAAGCAUAUGAAUCUUAUACUGUGUGAUUGUGAUGAGUUUAGGAAGAUUAAGCCCAAGAACUCCAAACAGCCAGAACGGGAGGAGAAGAGGGUACUAGGGUUGGUUUUACUACGUGGGGAGAACUUGGUAUCCAUGACAGUAGAAGGCCCACCUCCAAAAGAUACUGGUAUUGCUAGAGUACCAUUGGCAGGAGCAGCUGGAGGGCCAGGAGUUGGGAGAGCAGCUGGUAGAGGAGUGCCAGCUGGUGCUCCAAUGCCACAAGCCCCUGCUGGCUUGGCAGGGCCCGUCAGAGGUGUUGGAGGACCAUCCCAGCAGGUGAUGACACCUCAGAGCCGAGGCAACGUUGCAGCUGCUGCAGCAGCAGCCACAGCUAGUAUUGCUGGGGCCCCAACACCGUAUGCUGCUGGAGGACGUGGAGGUCCCCCACCACCAAUGGGUCGAGGAGCACCCCCACCAGGCAUGAUGGGCCCACCUCCAGGCAUGAGGCCACCCAUGGGUCCACCAAUGGGCAUGCCCCCAGGGAGAGGAGGACCAAUGGGAAUGCCACCACCAAAUAUGAGACCGCCACCACACCUGGAAUGAGAGGUCCUCCACCACCAGGCAUGAGGCCAACCAGGCCAUGA